AUGCCUUCGAGACACUCCACUGUGCCUAAUUUAGAUCUAAGCUCCUUCGCUCUGCAGGCGACUGCAAAGAUCUCGUCUCCACUAACGCCCGGUGCCCAAAGCUCUGAUGGAGCAAGUCCCCUGACACCCCGUUCACCCAAAUCCUCUUCGAGUUCACCAUUCUUCAAAGGUGCGACUAUCCGUCCUGUCACAGAAGGAUCCCACAGCAAGUCGAGCAGUCCUACCUUCUCACUCACUCCUGGUCAUAUCGCCGAACCUCCUACCCCCGGGCUCACUGCCAUCCCCCCAUAUCCUCCUUCUCCAAGGGAUUCUCCCAGGCACAACCGCGAGCCUUCACGCUCGUUCUUUGCCAGCCUCAAGGCACCAAAAUCGUCGCACCGGGCCCAGCGCUCCGACGGGUCAGAACCUUUUGGGGACGAACCUAAGAGCCGUGGCAGUUCUAGGGAUCGCCGGACAAAGAUCGCCUCCAAGUUGUACGAGUCGACUCCUGAUCUUCUGGGAACACUCGAACGUGCAGCGCACAAGGAAACCAACCGUGACUCGACCGAAGACAAGGACCUUCAGUCACAGGAAGCCAAGAAAGCCGGCUCCGAUCUCGAACACGGCAACUCCUCGAAAAAGAACAAACCUCGCUUUGCCAAUUUGCUUUCGCGAUCCCGUUCGAUUCGGUUGGACGACUCUGCAUUGAACAGAAGAGCGAAUCGGCGGCCGUCAGCCACUCUAAUGAAGCUCGAAGGAAGUCACAAGCGGGAGGUGGAGGUGCCCGUCAAGACACCUUCCUCACGAUCAGAUCGCCAUGCGAAAACCACGGGGAGUCCCGCCGUGCGCACCCAUCCCGUUGAUCGUCCUGCGGAACCCGGCAGUGUUCCAAUUCGAAAGGAGAGGAGUCAUGGUGGUUCAAUGGUGCCGUCAACCUCAUUAAGUCAAGUAUCAGGUGCUUCCGCUGCAUUGUUCAACAAUAUAAAACAGUCCUCGAGCGGUGCGGCAGACAGGAUAGGAAAGGCAGGGAAAGGCUUCUUCGGAAAGAUUACCCGGAGCGGCAGCACAAACGAACGAGAACUUCUGAACGACGACAAUUAUGUCUGCUCCGUCAUCAAUCUUCCUCUAAUUGAGCAAGCCCGGCGAACUCGCAUUGCGAAGAAAAUUGAAGACUGCAGGGACAAGACAGAAUUUUGGAUGCCCGCCCUGCCCUACCGUUGCAUCGACUACCUAAACUACAAAGGGUGCGAGGAAGAAGGCUUGUAUCGUGUGCCUGGCAGUGGGAAAGAAGUUAAGCACUGGCAGCGACGAUUUGAUACAGAAUUUGAUAUCAAUCUUUUUGACGAACCGGAUCUUUAUGACAUCAACACCAUUGGAUCCAUGUUCAAGGCUUGGCUUCGUGAAUUGCCCGACGAACUUUUCCCGAAGGAGACCCAGGCUAUGAUCGCCGAGAAAUGUGAGGGCGCAACCACCGCACCGCAGCUCUUGAAAGAUGAGCUGUCGAAACUACCUCCCUAUAAUUAUUACCUCCUCUUCGCCAUCACCUGCCACCUGAAUCUCCUUCACUCUUAUGUGGACCAGAACAAGAUGGAUUACCGCAAUCUCUGUAUCUGCUUUCAACCGUGCAUGAAGAUUGACGCAUUCUGUUUCCACUUCCUGGUAUGCGACUGGAAAAACUGUUGGCAGGGAUGCUGGACCGAGAAGGAAUAUCUCCAGCGUGAAAAGGAGAUGGAUGAGAAGGAAAAAAGCUCGAAAGCCGAAGCCACCCACUCAAUACCUCUGAACAGCUCGACUGUCCAUGAAAGAGCCAUAUCUUCUUCCAGCAGCAGUCAGGCUUCUGCGGAAGAGGAGCAACCGCCUCGCCCUGAGACAGCCAAGUCCCGGAAGCAUAGACCUAAGAAGAUUGAGACUUCGCACACAAGGAGUGUCUCUCAGCUUCCCGAACUUGGACCCCCGCUGUCUCCCAUUCAGAUCUAA